AGAUCAAAAUAAAUUCAAUUGAGUGAAGUUGCUGCAGCCGGGUAAACGAAGGUGCAAAAUAAUCUUUUUAAAUUUAAAACAUCGGACUUUACUGUAACUUGAAAACGAAUUGUAUAUUUUUUUCGUGUAUUACCUGUAUGGGGCUUAAUAUUAUUUUUCAUUUUCUUAUAUUCGUAAUUAAAACAAAUUCGUUGACAUAUACGUAAACCAGAGGAUUUCGUUGGGCGUAAAAAGAAAAUGGCGUGUGCUACAUUAAAAAGAAAUCUGGAUUGGGAGUCUAAGGCGCAAUUACCUACAAAGAGAAGAAGAUGUUCACCAUUUGCAGCAAGUCCAAGCACAAGUCCUGGGUUAAAAACAUCAGAAUCGAAACCAUCUUCAUUUGGAGAAUCCGUUAGUGCACCUGUGAAAAUUACCCCAGAACGCAUGGCACAAGAGAUUUAUGAUGAGAUUAAACGACUGCAUAGACGUGGACAGCUGCGCCUGGCCAACGGCUCUGCUGCAUCAUGCUCAUCAUCAAGUGGAUCCGAAGGAGACUGUUCACCGCCUCAUCAAUCAGCUCACGGCCCACAACGUGCCCGCACUCGUGCACUAUUCACUUUUAAACAGGUUCGUAUGAUCUGUGAGCGAAUGCUCCAUGAUCAGGAGGUGGCUCUACGUGCUGAGUAUGAGUCUGUACUCAGCACCAAGCUUGCUGAACAGUAUGAAGCCUUUGUGAGGUUCAACCUGGAUCAGGUGCAGCGCCGACCCCCGCCCAGCACGUGCAUGUCGCUCGGUAUGGACGCCGAACACAUGCACCAGGACCUCGUACCCAGCUAUCUGUCCUAAUAACAACAUGAGGCGGAAACGUAGUGUGGCGCCGCCAAUAUAUCAAGACAAACAUAUUUUCGUAUAUGUGAAUAAUGUAUGCGGGAGAAUAAGUAUCCUAACAAAUGAAGACAUUGUGAUUGCGGCGGAGUUCGACUGGGACUUGUAUUGAUGCACUAUAGUAAAAAAAUGUAAUACAAAUGACCAACUACAGAAUUUUCAUCAUAUUGACAGAAAUUUGUCAUGUUACAAACUUUACUUAGUGUAUAAAAUUUUAUUAUACACAUUAACUGUUGAAAUGUACAUUUUAUUCAAAGUCUGUACCACUAAAAGUGUAAAAAGAAGUUUAAUGCAUUCUCUGCAAUGUUGCAAGUUAAAUUAUUCUUAAGAAUAAGAUAAAUUUGUAUAAAUACAGAGAUGAUAUUAAGAGUAAGCAGUUUGUUUGCGUGCAUUGUUAACACAAUAUUUUGUCCUGGUUGAAUUCCGUGGUUCAUGCCACAUAAACAUAAUUAGCUUAUAACGCUUUAGAUAAGGUUCGCUGGAUAAUUGUGUUCAUAGACUGGGACGAUGGCGACUGCGUUCGCUAUAAACUAUUGAUUUAAACGUAUGCCACGCAUUUGAAUUGAAAAUUGUACUGAGAUGUUAUUAAUGUUUAAAAAAAAACUGGUCUUUUGUUAACAAUAUGGCCAAUGUUAGGGUCAUUGUUGUAUAUGUCAUAGUAAUUUGACAAGUAGGAUUUGAAUUUUCGAAUCAAAAAUAUAUACAAACGUUUUAUAUUUACGUUUUCUAAACAAACGGACCUGUAGUUUAGUAUAUAAUAACAUGAUAAAUUCACGCAGAGUGCCUCUUUAAAUCAUUGUCCUCAAGAGUUUGUGAAUUAGUUAGCCAUAAUUAUUUUGAAUGGUAUGAUUUACUUUUUUAUUGUAUUUUAAUGUUGUCGAAUUAUAGUUAUAGUUUUUUUUUCGUCGUUGCUAUUAGUUGCAAAUGCGACAAGCUUCGACGGAAUGGCCUUCGUAUCAGAUGUCUGGUAAUUUGUAAUCUAAUGUAUUUGUAAAAUGGUCAUGGCCAAAAUUUAUCACUCAUUUUUUGUGUUUUAUUCACACUGAUACACGGCUUACUAGAAAAUUAAUAAUUAAUUAGCUUUAUUUAAGACUUUCUAAGUUAUUUUUUUGCUCUCAAUAAUGCACCGUUUUAGCUAAUGUCGCCGCACACGGAUACCGCGCGACACAUUGACAAACAUUAUUGGGAUUUGUUUUAUAUUAUUGUUUAGUUAAAAAAAAAAACAUUUUGAUUGAAUACGAAAACGAUGAUUUGUUACCAAGCAUUAUUCAAUGAAAAUAGGAUAGGAUUUUUUUAAAUUGUAUUAUCAGCUCAUUAUUAGUAGGUUAUUGGCGUUUAAGAACUGAAAUUAAAUUAGCUAAACACCCA